CGCGAUAACUUGAAAGCAGACCGAACAAUGAGUCACGGCCACAGCGUCUGCUAGCUUUAAUUGACAGUUGUCGGACACAUGAGGUUCUUAUGCGUAGCCGGUACUUCCUUGAAAUCUCCUAGUUGCCGUCAUGUCGGACAGGAUGGCAGCGAUACUUGAUCGGUCUCAGCCAAGAAGCCAUGGUGCAAGACCAGAAGAUGGAGUUCCGAAUAUGACAGUCAUCAGUGAUAUUGAUGAAAAUGGUAUCAAUAUCAAUUUGAAAACAAGAUAUCAGAAAGACAAGAUUUAUACAUUUACUGGAUCCAUCCUGGUGUCAGUCAACCCUUACAAAGACAUCAAGAUAUAUGAACAGGAAAAUGUCACUGAAUACAGCAAAAAGAAGAUAAGCCAGGUUGAGCCUCACAUUUUCGCAAUAGCAGAGGCAGCCAUCCAAAACCUUCAAGAAACGGACAUCAACCAGUCUUGUAUCAUCAGUGGGGAAAGUGGAGCUGGCAAGACUGAGAGUACCAAGUUCAUCCUGCAAUAUCUGUGUUCUGUGACUAACCACACAUCGUUCUGGACUGAGCAGCAAAUUCUGGAAGCAAACACAGUUCUAGAGUCUUUUGGGAAUGCAAAGACUGUAAGGAAUGACAACUCUAGUCGAUUUGGAAAAUUCAUGCAGGUGUGCUUUGAUCAGCAUUGUCAAAUAAAAGGGUGCAUAGUACAAGACUAUCUCUUGGAACAGUCAAGAAUCACGUUCCAGUCUCCGAAUGAGCGCAACUACCAUGUCUUCUACCAGUUAGUUGCAGGAGCACAGGCUUGUCCUGAAGUAGCAGAGCAGUUCCAGCUUGGCCAACCACAGUCGUAUGCAUAUCUGAACCAGAGUGGAUGCUUCACCCUGCCUGGAGUAGAUGAUUCCACCAUGUUUGAUAACUUGCGCCUUGCCAUGAAUGUUCUGAACAUUUCAACAGAUAUGGUGAAUGGAAUGUUUUCAGUACUGUCAGCCAUUUUACUGCUUGGAAAUUUGUCAUUUGAGGAUGAUGAAGGGGAGAAAAGUGUUUUGACUGAAGAAGAUGACAGGAUCUUGAGCAUUGUUUGUAAUCUGUUAGGAUUUGAAAUGGAUGGUUUGCGAGAUGCAGCAUUAUAUCGGCAAAUCCAGGUCCGGGGCACAGUCACAAGCAUACCCUUCAAGUUUCAAGAGGCUAGUGAGAACAGACAUGCAAUGGCAAAAGCUUUGUAUUCACGCACAUUUGCUUGGCUGGUUGAUGCAAUCAACAAGUGUACAAAUCCGGGAUCAAAUCAGACACAAUUCAUUGGGAUAUUGGACAUCUUUGGUUUUGAAAACUUCCAGACAAAUAGUUUUGAACAACUAUGCAUAAACUACACCAACGAGAAGCUCCACAGGUUCUUCAACCACUAUGUUUUUGCACUGGAACAGGAGAAGUAUAAAGAAGAAGAAAUAGAGUUUUCUCACAUCACAUUCACAGACAACAGCAAAUGUGUUGAAUUGAUUGAAAAGGCUCCAAGAUGUGUAAUGAAGAUUUUGGAUGAGGAAUGCAGGUUUCCUAAGGGCACUGACAAGACCUAUCUCAACAAGCAGCAUCAGGAGUUUGGUGACCAUGACAACUACCUGAAGGGUCAAGACAGGCGGGUUUGGGAACAGGAAUUUGGGAUCAGGCAUUAUGCGGGUGUUGUUAUUUAUAAUGCCACAGGCUUUCUGGACAAGAACAAGGAUACACAGCAGGACCAGCUGUUUGAACUUAUGCAUAACUCAAGCAGCGAAUUUGUGAAGGACCUCACCCGAUUUCAGGAUCUUCUUGGAGUGAGGUUAGAAAUACUUGAUGGAAGACAAACAAUAUCCCGCACUGCUCGUAAUAAACCAACUGUUGGGGAUACCUUCAAGCAUCAGUUAUCUGCCCUUGUUGAUGUUUUAGCUCUCACUAAUCCUUGGUAUGUGCGCUGCUUGAAACCCAAUGCUAUGAAAAAGGCUAGUGAGUUUGUUGAUGAUGAAGUACUUACCCAGCUCCGUUAUUCCGGGAUGCUUGACAUCAUCAGAAUAAAGAGGGAGGGGUACCCGGUUCAUAUGAAUAUCACAACAUUCCUGCAGAAGUAUGGGCUGCUGAUUGGCACAAGUUCCUCGCAUCUGGAAGAAGGGGAACCAAGAAGCCAUGUGAAGACUAUUUUGGAAGAAUUGAAUUUGCCAAAAACCGAAUGUCAAAUUGGCAUCACAAAGGUUUUCAUGCGAAACAGUGUUUUGGAACCAUUGGAGGAUCUUCGUUUCCAGUUCUUAACAAUCAAAGUGAUAUGCAUCCAGAAGCACUGGCGUGGAUUCUGGCUCAGGAAAGCGUUUUUGGAGAAAAAACAUGCUGUGUUGAUUCUGCAAUUCAACUUUCGAUGCUUUCGAAGCCGACUGGCGUUUUUGAGGAAAAGGAAAGCUGCUGUCACCAUUCAGAGCUAUAUGCGUGGUGUUCUGGCAAGGCGUACAGCACACAUGUUACGAGAAGAGAAAAGACUUGAGGAAAAGAAAAGACUUGAGGAAAAGAGAAGGCGUGAAGAAGAACAACAACUGCGAAUGCAAGCAGAAGAGCACUCCAUUCAGAAAACAAUCAGGGAAUCACAGGUGGAAUUAGAGUCCUUGACAACAUUGAUUGAGUCAAUGUGGACCCACCAUCAGCCUGCAGUAACACCUCACAGUCUUGACCUUGACAGCAUGUUUGAAUUCCUGCAGGAGGAAAAGGCAGAGCGAAAAGCUGCUGUUGUUGUGGACAAGACGGAGGCGCUACAUGAGAUUAACGAGGAAUUUGAUGUCCUUGGUUCUCUCCUCAUUGAUGCUCAAGAAUCGGCAGAGAAGUUAUUGCAUGACCAUGAAAUCCAACAAGCACUGGCUGAGGUGGAUAAAUCUAUUGCUGAAUUUGAUGACAGCAGAUCACCGCGUGAGAAAAAGGAACAUGUGUUCGCAGAUGACAGAAAUGAACUAUCAUCUUUGCCACCUCCACCACCUGCUCUACCAUCCACAAAUGAUGAAAUGGUGUCUUCAAUAUGUAUGCCUCCACCACCAACUAUACCACCGCCCCCACCUCCACCUUUAGAUCAAAUUUCUGAAGAUGUCAGACUACCAGAUCCACCAUCUUCUCCUGGAACAGAUGAGCUGCUUCCCCCCAAAACAGAAGGAAAUGAAAGUGUUUGGAAGACAGACAUUGAUGGGUCGAGUGUUUAUCAAGAAAUUGGUCAUAGUGGUCAAAUCUUUUCGUCAAAUCCACCUCCUCCUCCACCACCACCACCACCUCGUAGGGGAUCAACUUUGACGUCUCGGUCAGUUUCACCACCGCGUGACAAGGAAGAAAUGACGUUGCCGUUUCAGAUUGGUUUUAGUGAGUAUGAACCUCAUGGUAACGAAGUAACUGAACUUUCCCCUGAAACAGAGGAAAAACUUUCUAGACUUAUGCAACAACAUUCUGUAGACACGAUUCGCUCACAGACCCCUGAUGCUUUCGACAAACACAGCUCCAGUGGAGAGGGUGACAUCAUUCAUGAUAUUUUGGAGUACGCUGGAAGGUACUUCAAUUCACACAUCAAAGAUAGCGGGGGAACACUUAUAAAAAGUUUGAAGAAACGAAGACAGUCUGAUGCAGAUCGUCUGACAAAAGGGGAAAUGCUUACAUUCUGCAAGUCAGGUCUCAUUCCAACUUCACUUGUUCAUUUACACGACUGUGAAAACAUCACUAUGGCUUGCAAUGUGUUCAAGGAAUUGACGAAGGUUAUGCGAGAUGAAAUGACGGAUGACGCUUCAAUGCAAAUUAUGCAGACGAUAGUGAAAAUGGGAAUAGAACGCAUUGCACUACGUGAUGAAAUAUUCUGCCAGUUGAUAAAACAAACCAAUGGCAACCCUGAGGCUGACAGCUUGGUUAUUGCAUGGAUCAUCUUUUGCCUGUGUACAGCUGCAUUUUCACCAAGUAAAAACUUGCACAAGUACCUGCUCUCCUACGUGAAGAUGAAUUGCUCAGAUGCUCUUGUUGGCAAGUAUGCCCUGAUGUGUCACAAACAUUUGACAGUCCCCCGUGUGUCCUCACGAAAAUUGCCGCCAUCAGCAAUUGAAAUUAUGAGUGUAAGAGCAUUGAGCCCAAUUAUUUGUAAGGUGUAUUUCAUGGAUGGGAAGACAAAAGCUGUAACAGUUCUACCUUGUGACACAAGUACGGAGUUGUUGGAAAGGCUAGCAGAAAAGAUCGGACUUGGAAGUGUGGAAGGAUGGUCAAUUUAUGAGGUUACUGGAGAUAUUGAAAGAUUUGUAAGGAGAUAUGAAUAUGUGAGUGACAUUCUGGCCCAGUGGGAACACUUGGACAGACUGUCAGCACAACCAAGCAAAUAUGAGACUGUAAACAAGAAGGGCCCAAAAUUAGCCUUAGGAGGAAGUGAUGCAAAGUUGGUGUUCAAGAAACGAGUGUACCGCCAUGUUCAUGACAUUCCAAAUGACCCAGUGGAAUACCAUCUCUUGUAUGCUGAAGCUGUCAACAAAGUUGUGAAGUUGGAUGAAUUCUCUGUGUCGGAGAAAGUUGCCUUGCAGUUGGCAGGUUUGCAGGCACAAGUGAUUUGGGGAGAGUUUGAGGAGGACAAACCAUUUAGAUACAGUGAAGCUGAGCAGUAUCUAACUGGUCGGAUACUUGCUUCUUCUGGUCGGAACUGGUCAAUGGAAGUUUCCAGAGCUCACAAGCAUUUUGGAAGUGGAAAGACUGAGCUUGCAGCAAAAGUAUGGUAUCUGACAUGUGUGAAACAGUUUCCCUUGUAUGGAUGUACAUUAUUUCCAAUUGUGCAUAGAGGACUGUGGUCUCAUACCAGUGAUGCUCUAUUGGCUGUGAACAUGGAUGGCAUCAAAUUUGUGAGAGCAAAAGACAAAUCUGUUAUAAAUGACUUUUUCUUCUCGGAUAUUGAAUCUGUAUCCAUGGAUCCCAAUGACAAUUACAUUACCUUGGAAUUGAGGAACCAGAUCCACACACAAAGUCCACAACAGACAUAUAUGUUUGAGACAAGCUACAAAGAAGAUGUUGGCCUAUUGAUUGCAAGCUACUCACCUUCUCAUGCAUCAUGGAUACGAAUGGACUUUGAGAGCAUGAAAAAGAUAAAGAUGACUGACGAAGAGAAGUUAAAAGUCUACGAGGAAAUAGUUAGAUGUCGUAGAGCUCUUUCUGAAUCACGCUUGCUUCAGCGUCCACUGCAAGACAGUAGCUCCAAUUUCUUAAGAAACACCCUUCGAAGAUUGACAAAGACAAAACUUGAAAGACUCCGCACAUAUGCAACGUCUUCAUCCGAGAGUGGCCAGUUUAAUGUUAACUACUGGUCAUACACCAAAAGUCCACUCCGUCAAGCCCUCUCAGUGAUCCAUGACCCUUCAGUGGAGGAAGUGGCAGUCAAAAUGUUCAACUCCAUUUUAGUCUAUGCAGGAAUUGAAGAUUCAAGUGCAGGUGAUUCACAUGACAACACUGGAAUGAUACAGAACCUUAUGCUGAAGUGCCUUGAGAAUGACCACCUGUGUAAUGAGUUCUAUAUGCAACUGAUCAAGCAAACAACAGAUCACCCUGAUCCUAACAGUCAAGUUAAUCGUAGAUGCUGGCAACUAAUGUGUGUGGCAGCUGGGGUGAUGGCUCCAGCUAAUACAAGAGUGCUGAAAUACUUGCAGGUGCAUCUGAAGAAGUGUUCUCUUGACACCACAACAGAAGAAGGCAAAUUUGCAAGAUUCUGCUUUAAGACUCUUUCAAGAACCUCGGAUGCAAAAAGAAGAACAUUCCCACCAUCUAAACAAGAAAUUCACUGCACAGUUCAGAGACGGCCUGUGACCGAGCAUAUGUACUUCCUGAAUGGUGAACAUCGUAUCAUCGAGUUUGAUUCUGCAGCAGUAUGUGGAGAGCUCACCAAAAUGAUAAAGGUGAAAAUUGGAAUGCGAUCAGAUGCUGAAGGGUUUGCUAUGUAUGAAGUAAUGAGUGGUUCAGAGAGAUGCAUGGCAGUGGAUGAAAGACUGUCUGACACACUGAGCAAGUGGGAAAGACUGUCACGAAGUGGAGCUGUCAAGGACCUGAAGCUUAUUUUCAAAAAACGGUUGUUUAUCAAGCCUUACAUUAACUCUGGGGACCCUGUGGAGUGCGAUCUUGUGUUUCACCAGCUGCUCGAAGAUGUGUUUGAAAAACGAAAACCUCUUUCCACUCAAGAUGCUGUUCACCUGUGUGCUUUAAAAGUUCAGUCGGAGAUCGAGGACAUGAGUGGAGAGAUUGAUUACAGCUCUGUGGUGAGAAUACUACCAAGGGAUUUGAGGAUGAUGAUAAGACUUGAAGAUAUCUCCACGACUCACAAAACUGUGCUGGAUAUGAGUCCCCAGAGUGCCGUCUUGUCCUUCAUUCAGGUCCUCAUGGCCUGGCAACUAUUUGGUGCAACAGUCUUCGAAGUUGGGCAAACAUAUACAUCUGUCCUUCCCAAAACUCUUCUGUUGGCUGUUGACCAAGGUGGAAUACAUCUUCUGGAGAGCAAGACCUUUAGAGUGCUCGCUGCCUACAGUUACUCAGAGAUCGUUCACUCGAGUCCUGCCAUCAAAAGCAUCAUGAUAGUCAUUGGUCAUGUUGCCAAGGGAACAAAGUUCAUGUUUAAUACAAACCAGGCAUCACAGAUAGCGCAUCUGAUGAAAGACUAUGUGGAUGAAUUACAAGUACAGGGUCUUCUGCUGCCAACAGAGGGCACACAACGCAUGUCAAGGCUUAUUGACAUGGAUGAGAUUGAACGAGAGAGAAACGGUUCACAAAACACUGUGAUUCUUGCACACAGACAGGAGUAGAUACCAAAAAUCCUUACAUGUACUGGUAUUAUGCAGUUUGGAUGGAUUUAAAACAGUAAAAUCCAGAUGAAGUCACCGAAAUACUUUCUAUCCUAUACUCAAUGCCAAAAGAAAUGCGAACCAUCGAAACAUAUAGGGAAAUAUGUACGUUAAGUAUGUGUUUCCAAUGUGUACCACUUAAUGACAAAACUAAGAAUCAGUCAAGUGUUACCACAGUGUCUUUAUUCUAAUCACGUUGUGCUGACGUUUUCCAGACUUUACACGCUAAUCCUGCAUGAGACAGUGAGUGAGUAUGGUUUUACGCCGCUUUUAGCAAUA